CAACUCCGCCCCACAAACAGAUACAAAUAAGCAGUGUUAAAAUCAGGCAACGAAUAAUUCAAUUUCUCUGGAUCAAGUGUGCAGCCUACUUACAUAGGAGUGUUUUUAUGUAUCUGUGCCUGUGGUGUGUUUGUGUGUGUGUACACAUUUUGGUGCUGAUGUAUGUAAUUCUGCUUCAAUCGAAAGUUACAACCAGACAAUUUCAUCCCUCUUCACUUCUUUAUAUAUAUAUUAAGUUGUACAAUUAGAUUUCUUGAUCAACCUUUCAGAUUCUUCUAUCAUCCAUCCUUUACAUGUAUACUGGCUUCUAUCGUCGAUUGACGACAAAAUCAGUGCAUUAAAAAGAAUAACGCAUAUAAUAAAUUAUUCGCAGACGUUAACGAAAUACUGUAGAGAGAACUGUUACACACAAGGAUUCCAUUUGUAUUUUCACCUUAUUUUUAAAUGACUGAUAUUACACGUGAUUGUGUAGUGGAGACAGUUCCCUGUGGACACAAUUACACAACUUCUUCCAUUCAUAAUGCUACAACAAGUUUGGGUCUGGACAAUAAUAAUCCUAUACGAGCUUUCGAGAAUGCUUCUGUUUAUUUCCUUCAUUCAAAACCAGUCGAUCAACUGUUGACCAACUCAUCUACAAUUCAUGUGAUGAAUACUAACAAUAGUAAUAAUGCAGAUUUAUCAAAUGGUGUUAUGAUGAAUUUGGAGAGGUCACAUCAUGCAGACAGUGCAAUACAUACAUCGAUUAGCAGUGGUAGUACCGGCAGCAAUAACCAGAACAGUGGGAUUAGUUGUUGUAGUACGAAUAUUUCUGGUAAUACUAAUACUGGAAAUGAAGAUGCUGAUGUCACUAUGUGUAUAUGCCCUGUGUGCGGUUUCUCUGCAUCCUCUCCACGUAGACAAGAUGAGCAUAUGGAAUUAGUACACGGUGAAAUCUACAAUGUGACAACAACCAUUUCAGCAGCAACAGCAACAGCAUCAAUCAUGACAGUGACUACAGAGAAUUCACAGAGUCCUAUGUCUCUUCAACCUGUAGCCAACAAUAUUUGUCAACCAGUUAAAUUAGAUUGGCCAUUAGACAGGAAUAAUAAUGGCAGUAAUUCGAUUGCUGAUUUCUAUCAACAACAAAAUAAUAACAAUAGCAGUGAUAAUGAUAAUUAUCAUCAUAAUCCUUGUAAUCCAUUCACUCUACAAGCUUCAUCGACUCCACAACGAAUUAAAUUAUGGCCAAAUACCGAUCAGAGCAAUCCAAUAAUAUCAAUAACUGAACAAAUGAAUGUAGCUAAAAGCGAUAAUGAUGAAAAAGCGAUUGUAUAUACUUCGAGUGAAAUGGUUGGUGACACUAUCGCUUCCAUUGGUAUUACAAGUAACAAAAAUAAUUACCAACUUCAUCACUUGAAUAAUUCAAUGAAUCCACCUUUGGAAUUCUCUUCAAAACUUAAAACAUCACAACCAUUGAAUACCAUCAGUAAGUUGAAGCAGCAAUCACCUGUUAAGAGCAUCAAAUCUAACAGUUCAACAAAAGAUAAACAAAAAUCUCUAUCAUUAUCAUCAUCACCUUUAUCUUCUACGACGAUGACAACAACAGCAACAACAACACCAGCAUUCCUAAUGAAAACAUCUAGAUCUAGCGAUGAUUUCAAUCAACCAAUUGUCAAGAAAGUCGACUCACGAAGACGUUAUCGGUGUAAUAUUUGUCCAACAACGUUUCCAUGGCAUGGUGAUCUUACUGAACAUUUACGUUCUGUACACGGAAUGCAAAAAUCUAGAGAAAAUGCACGUAAUGGUAAAGCUGGAAGCUUUUGUUGUAGUCAUUGUAAAUAUGUAGCAAAAUAUCAAAGUGAAUUAAAUCGUCAUAUGAGAUUACACUGGGGUGUAAAACCAUUCACUUGUGUUUUCUGUCCAUAUCGUAGUGCUUGGAAAGGUGAUUUAAAGCGUCAUAUGGAAUCUCAUCAUCGAGAACGUUUCAGUUGUGAAACUGAAUUAAUUAAAAUUAUGUCACAGUUUAAAAAUAAUGCUGGUACACGAUCAACUGGUGGAUGUAGUUCUUCUAAUCUAUCCCUUUCACAACUUGAUAUAACCGCUGAAAGUAGUGAUGGAGAUAAUGUAAGUGAACAGUACAAUUGUCUACAGAUUGAUGAUGAAGAAAAUCUCCAGACUACUUCAUGUGUUACUGUUACUUCUAAUAAAAAUAUUGAUAUUGAAAACUGGGAUAACAGUUCUAUGAAUAAUGAUGUAAGAAUCAGUCACAAUACGAAUUCAUAUUCAGAUGAAGAACCUUCUAAGGCUAUGUACUCAUUGGAAAAUGAUGAUGAUGAUGAUGCUGAUGCUGAUGCUGCUGCUGCUGAUGAUGAUGAUGGUCAAGGUUAUAUUGAAUACUCAAACAAACUGAGUAUCACUAUGCCUAUGACUACUACUAACAGUGGCAAUAAUAGUAGUGGUAAUAGUAACGCGACAACAGUUAGUAGUGUUAUCAGUGAUCCCGUUGUUAACCCUACCUUUCAAAGUAGUGUCUUCAGAAAUCUAUCACCUUGUAUAUCAUUAACUCCAGAAAAUCGUCUUAUAUGCGAUAUUUGUUCUUAUCAAGCACAAAAUCAAAGUAAAUUUAAAAAUCAUAUGGCUAGUCAUAUGAAUUUGAGACAAUUUAAAUGUCCAGUUUGUGGGCAACGAAGUAAUUAUAAGUGGGAUAUUACAAAACAUUUAAAGAAACAACAUCCUUAUUGUAUUCAAUUACCGAUAACGGUAAUCAAUAAUCCUGAGACUAUUGACGAUCAUCAUCAUAUGUUGUUUACAUCCACUUCAUCAACGUCAUUAACGAUACCAACUACCAUUUUAACAUCAACAUCUUACUCUGGAUGUUCAUCAUCUUUGUCCAUCUCGUGUCCUUCUUCAAUAUCCUUUUCAUCAACAUCAUUAUCGUCAUCAUGUUUUUCCCGAACACAACCAUUCACAUCACUCCAUUCUCAGAUUGUAUCAUUCAUUCCAAUAACACAACAACAACAACAACAACCAGUAACGCUAUUCUCUCGACCACAAGUGGCAAUCUCACAGUCACAAGUGUCAUUAUCAUCAUCAUCAUCUUUAUCAUCAUCCAUUUCACCAUAUUCAAAUGGAAGUUUAACCUUGGAAACAGAUCAUAAAAAGUAUUCAAGGUUAUCUGAAAUUGAAAUGAUUCAAAAUAAAGUGAACACAACCAAUAGUCCCUUAAAUUUAGUCACUUAUCCAACAGGAUUGUUUAAACAGUCUUCAUUUCACAAUAUUUCUGGAAUAGCAACAGAUGAAGAUGCUUCAUUGAAUGAUUCCGUACCAAUUGAUCUUUCAACUGGAUGUACUCAUAAGAGGAAUAUUCAAGAUGAAAUUAAGAAAUCAGUAUUGUUUCCGACUACAUUGUCGUCACCGUCAUCACCAACGUCACUGAAAUUCUCUUCUGAAGACUAUCGUCAUCAGUAUCCUAUUCCGCUUCCUCCUUCAUCGAUAGAGUUCAACUCUCCUGUUUAUUCGACAGUAUCCACUACUUCAUCGACACUGUCCAACAUGAGAUCUAGCUAUCCAACUGUCACAUAUUCCCUUCGGAAUACGAGUGAUUAUAAUAGCAACCCAUCAAUUAUGUCACCCUAUACCAUUGGCUCACUCAUAUCUGAUCCUUUGAAGGGAAAUUCAUCGUCAACUAAUGCUAUGAGUCUGUUAUUCAAUAUACAACAACAGGUUUUAAUGACUGGCUUACUUCAAACCUGGCAGCAACAACAGCAACAACAACACCUACAUGAUCAGAAGCACCAAGAAUUACAACAAAAUGAUGUUAUUAUGCAUAGCAACGCAUGUGGCACAUCAUCUUAUUCAGAUAUCGUAAUGAAUAUGACAUCUGCACCAAUCACAACUAUGCUUUCGACAACAGUCUGUUCGACAACUUAUACAACAACUGCAAACAGGACAGUAACCACACCAACAGCCACUACAAACACAUCUUUUCAUAGUUUUUUCAAAUCAUUAGCUAGUCAUCAAACAGCAGCGUUACCUGUAGUUACAGCAGUUGAAAACGACCCUUUUCCUCAGUCUCGACUGAAUACAACUCCAGUUAUCGAACUUUCAAAGUAUGUUAGAUCUAAUAACAAUAAUAAUAAUAAUAAUACUAAUAAUACCUACCCAUCGAAUACUUGGGGAGAUUGUGAACUCACUUCAGAAUGGUCUGUGCCCAUAGAGAUGAAUUCAAAAAAGUCAGUAUCAUCAUCAAACAAUAUUCCAGUUCAGGAUCAGCAACGUCAACACCAUAAUCAGCAGCAGCAGCAUCAGUUACAAGUGAAUCGUUUUUUCACACCAGGAAGGCGAAGAGAAUCUCAUCGUUUAUUACCUCGAAGUGGUGGACGUAAAUCAGCGCCAAUCACUUCUUCAUUCAACCAUCAUUCAAGUAAUACUACUUUUAACACGGUUAAUGCAAACACUAGUAAUAACAAUUCAAAGGAAGAACAAUGGAAACGAUUCCAAUGUUCAGGUUGUGGUCAUCGUUCCAACUGGAAAUGGGAUAUUAAUAAACAUAUUAAAGUUGCUCAUCCAGAACGAACAAACAUUACAACAAUCACCUUAGACCUGGAAGAUGCAAAGAAAACAUAUAAUGAAUAUAUGAAUCGACUGAAGUUAUCACGUAGUCGUUAUUUGAGUGAAUCUAUUCCCGAUGUGUCAAUAAAUUCCAACGCAUGGAUUGGCGGUAGUAAUGGUGGUCUACCUGGAACUACUAGUGAAGGCUAUUACAGACCAUUUAAAUGUUCCGUUUGUGGUCACAGAAGUAAUUGGAAAUGGGAUGUUGGCAAGCAUAUUAAACAAAUUCAUAAUGGGAAUGGUGAAGUGCUAACAUUGAGUCUUGAAGAAGCCAGAAGAACAAUACAUCAAUACAAAAAUCGAAGGCGUCAGCAUACACGUCAUUCAGAUGUGUCGAUAAAAUUUGAGCCAAGUUUUUACAGUUCCUCUGAGUCAAAUUUGAAUCUAUCACCAGUGUCAUCAUUAGUUGGUGAUGGCACCAUCGAUCUGCCUGCAUUGUCUAAUCAAAUAGUGAGUAGAAGAGAGAAAGAAGUUAGAAAUAACGAUACAGAUGAUGAUGAUGAUGAUGAGGAUGGAGCUAACAAAAAUUCCCUGAAGAAUAAACCUUCUUCAUCUUCUCCACAGUCUAACCCACUGAAUUUGGUUGUAGACAAUGCAGAAAUAAUUGAAGACUUUUCUACAAACACCAUUGGAAUAAUCAAGUUAUCGCAGUCAUCACAUCACCGAAUCAACAGAAGAUUAUCAUCUUUUCUGGGAAAAAGAUUAUGGUUGAAAUUUGGAUGUAAAUUUUGCACAGUCAGGCUACAGUCUUACAGAUCUGUUGUAUUCCAUGCCUGUUUUAGGCAUAAUCAACAGUUAUAUGCAAAUGGACAGUUAAAAAAUCGUUUAAAAAAGUGGCCACUUUAUCGAUUACAUUUUGUUCAUGAAAAUAUCAGACACCAACAUCUUAUUUCUUAUUGUAACCAACCGAUGAAAUUUCUCAGACGACAUUAUGACAUCAUGAAUGAAGAAGAAAAAAGCGAGGAAGAAGUUCUCAAAGAAUUAAAUCCAGUUAAUGAAACACAGCAUACAACUCUUGAGACGAUGUCCAAUGAUCAAUGUAACCAGUGUACCAUCGAAAAAAGGAUACAAUUGAUAGAAAACAGCAGUAAUGCGGAAAGCGAACAAGAAACAGUCAAACCAAUGCAAAGAGAUGAAAAAAAUUUCUCUGAAUUUCCUAGUUUUGUCUACCGUAAUUCAUUAAAAUGCGACAGAAUUCUAAAUAGACAUAAUCAUCCAAUUCAUCAUCAGCAUGAAUCUCACUUGAUAAACUCAAAGUCUAAUAUAUCUCAUUUAUUUCCAGCUGAGGGUGAUCGCCGCCGCCAUCAUCACCCAAGACCAUUUAGAAACUUAGUUUGUUUAAAUCAAGCAAACGAUAAUAGCUCAAAGAAUUAUUCAAAUUUGAAUAACAACAGUAAUUCAAUAUUCAAUAGAUCUAACCAACUUUAUCAACAACGUAUGAUGAACACAAAAAUAAAAGUGGUACAAUCGUCCAACUAUCCAGUUUAUUAGAUGAAGUAUUGAAUUUACUGAAUAAGUCGAAAACUUUUAAAAAUAAAAAUGGGAAUGGCACUGAAAAUAUUAAACGAGUUAAACCCAAUGAAUGUGAUGAUAAUGAUGAGAUAUUGGUUAGCGAGGCGGAUGAAGGUAAAAGACAUCAACAUAAUGAUGUGAUAGCUAAUUUAACUGAUAUAAUUCAUGAGACUGUUGCAAAAAAUGAAAAUCUCAAUUAUUCGGAUCAAUUAAUGUUGAUAUCAUCAAUGAAUUCUAGCACUAGUUCAAAUGAAGAAAAUCUUGAAGUUAAACAGGAUAGCGACGAAUCAACCUAUAACAGUUCAAUAGCUGAAGUUCUAAAACAUCCAGACAUUGAAAAAAGGCUUCUUCACCUAGCAGAUCUACUCCACCAGGUGUCCCAUCCACACCAGUGAAUUCGCCUUAGUUCCAUGACACUGAUACUAACAGUGGAGAGAAGACUUCCCUACUGGUGACCGAAGUCACAAAUAUAUAUUCUAAGAUCAUUUAUUUUUGCUUUUAUCUUUGUUUGAAACAAAAAGAAAGGAGAAUUAUAUGUGUUCAGUAUUUGUAAAUAGUGAAAAAACGUCGAGCUACUUCUAAUUAUUUCUAUUCUCUUCAUUUGCAUACAGUUGAUUGAAGAACAGAUGAUUAGAUAAAGACCAUCAUACAUACAGACACAAGGAUACACUGACAAACUCUGUUUUCUGAAGAGAAUAGACACCGAUAAUUGUGAUCUUUCUUGACAAAACUGUCUACUUAUUAGAAUACUUAUUUCUUUCGCUCGUUGUCACUACACAGUUCCCCUUGAUUAUAAAUACUUCAUUCACACACACACACACUUCUGGUGAAGCGAGUAUCAUUUGAUACAACUAAGUGAAUGACUUUGUACAUUCAUUUUCAGUCAGUCAGUGCCUUCAAUUAUUACUAUUUAUUAUUUUUUUCGACUAGUUAUUUUUUACAAAUCGCCUCUAUAUUUUAUUUUCAUGUGAAAAGAAAAUCGCUUCACUCGUAUAAUCUUCAGUUAUUUCCUUUUAUUUUACGGACAAUGUUUUAGCCGGAAACUGAACAGUUACUUCUUUCAGCUGUGACAAAAUAUAUCUAACUAAUAAAAUAUAACUUGUUACUUUUUUUCCUCUGAUCUACAAAAAUGUCAUGUUAAAAGUUA